GGCUCAUUGAUAGGAAUGCAGGGUUAGUUAGGAAUUGUUAGUUGUUAGGAAGUUAGUUAGACAGUUAUAAGGCAUGUUGCCUAUAAAUAAGAGAGGAUAGUGAACAUUAGGGGUAUCUUUGUAUUCUGUUAGGAAUUGGGUUUAGAGAGAGAAGUGGUUCUCUUUCUAGGGUUAGAGAGGGUGUUUGGCAUCUCUCUCAUGUAUCUUUCCCCUAAUCCCCAAUUGGGAAUUAGGGUUCUAUCAAUAAACUACUGCUAAAUUUCUGAGUUCUAUCAUUGGUAUCAGAGCACCAUCCUGGUGCCUGAACCACGACAAUCCUAGGCUGCGCAAGAGGAAAGGAGAAGAAUGGCAAGUUCAGAAGUUGUUCAGGAAAACCAAGAAUUGAGAGCGAGGAUGGAGUCAGUGGAGGCUAUCACCGGGAAGAACGAGUUCGACCUAGCAGGGGUGGCGAAGAAAAUGGGGGUGCGACUUGUUACAAAUCCUGAUCUUGUGAAAGAAAUCUCAAGAUUGGAGAACAAAUUGCGAGAUCUUGAAGAGAGGAGAAAACAGAGGGAACAAGAAAGGAGAGAAGCAGAGGCUGCGCAGAGAGAAUCAGAGGCUGCAAUCGAAGCGGGGCGAACAGCGGCAGCGACGACGUUGUUGAGAGGAAUGAAGACGAUGGCGGAAGAAGAAAGAUACGCUACGGUGGGUGAGCAACCAUCAGAAGUAGAGGAAGAUUUGACUUCUGAGGAGACGCUGGAACCCAAUGUUGAAGCGGCGGAGGAAGAUCGAGUAGCGGCGGAGGCAAUGCGAAAGGAAUCAAAGUUCGCUUCAGAUGUGGAGAAAAACCUAACUUUUGCGAUGAAGGGCUUCAAUCUUGCAUCAGAGGUAGCAAUGCCGCAAUUGGAGAUGAAGAGUGGCAAGAUCCUGCAUGUCCAAAAUGGUGAUGUGUUGGGCACGAUGUUUCGAGUUGCUGCGGAGGCCACGUUGACGGAAACCACCAUGCAGCCACCAUGGAAGCGACCACACACAUUUGUUGGUGGGCCGGAGAAGACAAAACGUUCGCUGGUGAAACCACCAAACACGCUUGUUUGCAUGCCGGAGAUGAUAAAUCGUCCACCGGCGAAACCGCCUAAUAUAGGGGCUUUGUGGGCGUCGACGUCGGCGGAGUUUAUCGUCGCAAGUCGUGCACCAAUGGGGAAGAGAGAUGACAGAUUGAAGAUGAGUCUUCUCCAAUGUCGCAAGGAGGAUCUGCCUCCAUCAUUGGAUCCGUCAGAGCACAGUACUCCUGCAAAGUUCGCUACUUCGCAAACGGCAAGAGAGGUGUCGACGAGAGCAAUUCCACAAGCGAAGGAGAUGAAGGCAGCAAGCAUGCAGGUACAGUUUCUGCCACUAAAUUCAUCGAAAUCAACUAUUUGUGUGGUGAACAAAGGGAAAGUGGAAGAUAAGAGACAAGCUAAACUGAUCACUGUAACCAUGCGUGAGUGGUACUGUUUCUGUAAUGAUCUCAAAACAGAGACGAGGCCAGCAAGGAUUGGGUCUGAGUUGAACAUUUUUUCUAAGCGAAUGGGACAAUCCCAAAACACUAAAAGGGGGGAUUGGGCCUUACAACAGAAUAGGGGAGUCAAAUUAAUAGAUUGGGCCAACUUAUCAGCUUUUGGGUCAAAACCCAAUUUGCCCAUGUACUUGAAGCAGGGAACCAGAACUCAUUUCAAAGAGUUACAGAGAACUAUGCUGUUGACUACAAGUGUAGACAUUGAAGAGGAUGGGAUUGCUGUGUCAAAAUUAUACUUCAGCUUUGAUUGUGAGUUGCAACACAGUUUUGGCCAUCUUGGUACUGGACAGGAGCAAGACAGUAUUUUGGGGUUAUUAAUUGAUCCGGGUGGACACAAUAUGAGAAUGGGGGGAGGAAGUCGAAGAACAGUGGGGGCUAAGAACAAGUAUUUAAGUGAUUUGUUCUAUAUUGUCAUUUUGGGGAGUAUAGAAUAUUGGGGUAAACUUGAGUUCUUGGUCCAAAGAGUUGAUAAUGAGGUUUAUAAGCCUUGUGGUUAUUUCCCUGCUGAGUUCAAGUAUCAACUAUUCAGCAAUCUAGGGACCCAUGAUGAUGAGUCAAUUUUCACAGCCACCAUGGCAAGGAAUUGGGGAGAUUAUGCUAUUUGUAUCCAUGACAUGGCUAAAGUAAUGACAGUGACUAAAAUGAAGGACAGGAACAAGCAAUCUUCCAAUUUCAUAUUGCUCCCUUGCCACCUUGAUCACACUAGAGUACCUUUGAUAAUUUGGCAUUCAUUAGAUCCCUAUAUUCUGGUUUUCACUACUGUUGAGGGUGAUGCUAUGCUAAAGAUGGGUCAUGCCCAGGUUCGAAGGUGGGCUCAAGAGGUGGAAAUUAGAGCUGUGCAUGAAAUGGGCUUGGAUUCAGCUGAGUUAGCUGCUGGUUUUUACAGCUUGGGUUCUCAAAGUGCUGAGUUAUAUAGUUUGGGGAGGCUAGUUUUUGAAGGUUCUGCUACCUUGCUUCUUCAACCUGUUGGCAACCGCUUGGUCUUCUACACAUUGUUUUUCCAGAAUGGGAACCUUGGCAACAGUUAUUUGAGUUGGCCUAUGAAGAUGAUAUCCAAUUCUUAUGUGGCUGGGAAUAUUUGCUUUCUGCAAUGGGAUCCAGGUGGAAGUUGUGCUUGUCCCAUUUGGAUUCUUGAGAUAGUUGUUCCAUGAUGUAGCUUGUCAUUUGUCUUCACCUUGAGGACAAGGUGAAUUUUCAGGGGGGGAGUAUUGAUAGGAAUGCAGGGUUAGUUAGGAAUUGUUAGUUGUUAGGAAGUUAGUUAGACAGUUAUAAGGCAUGUUGCCUAUAAAUAAGAGAGGUUAGUGAACAUUAGGGGUAUCUUUGUAUUCUGUUAGGAAUUGGGUUUAGAGAGAGAAGUGGUUCUCUUUCUAGGGUUAGAGAGGGUGUUUGGCAUCUCUCUCAUGUAUCUUUCCCCUAAUCCCCAAUUGGGAAUUAGGGUUCUAUCAAUAAACUACUGCUAAAUUUCUGAGUUCUAUCACUCAUUUUAUAGUGCAUGUUUGAAAACUCGUUUGGAAACCACGGUGAAGUCAAAAUUAUGAUGGACACUCGUUUGAAAAACUCAUUUGCAACUUACCUUAGUUUUUGCUUUAGUCCAUAAUUUUGGAUUCACUGUAGUUUUCGAACGAGUUUCCAAACAUGCGCAGAUGGUCACUUGAUUUAAGAAUAUCAAGGAGAAAGUUAUUCUAAUUGAGCUUUUGUUAU